AUGGCGGAAGCUGCAGCCAAGUCCGUGCUGGGUACGAUCAGUCAGGGGCACCACGAAUGCCCGAUUUGUUGCUGUCGUUUCAUCGAUCCCAAGGUGCUGGACUGUCUGCACAGCUACUGCCUGAACUGCCUUGAGGAGCUCAUCAGCAGUCAGCAACCCAAGGCAGACGAAAUUCAUUGUCCAGUUUGCAGACGGGUAACUGCGGUACCAGACACCGGAUUGCAGGGUCUACCCAACUGCUAUUUCCUGAGUUCCCUCGUCGAUGAAUUCAACAAGCAGGAGCGGUUGAUAGGAGGCACGCUAGAUGAUACUUGUACAUGUGAGCAAUGCGAUGAGGGCUUGGAAGCCGUCUCCAGGUGUUUAGACUGUGACGGGAACAUCUGCCAGAAAUGCCUGGAAAUGCAUCGAAAGAUGAAAUGCACCAAGAAACAUCGGAUCGCCAACUUGGAUCAAAGAAGAGCAGAGAUGCCUCCUACAGUAGGUAGGGGGAACGAUACCCCAAAAUGUAACAAGCACACUAACCAGGAAAUUUGCAUUUAUUGCCAAACAUGCAAGAUAUUGGCGUGUGCAAAAUGUGCUGCGUUCGAUCAUCGUACAGCGGAACAUGAAUACAGAGAAGUCGCUGAUGCCAUGCUAUCGUACCGUCGAGAUGUCCGCGAAAUUCUGAAAAGGUUUGACAAAAGAAGAGAAGAAUUCAAAGUCGCCGACGAUUCACUGACGCAUGCUAGGAACAGGUUGAGAAUCAAGGUCGCCCGGGCUUGUAAAGACAUUACCUCCAAAGAGGAGGAAGAGAUUGCAAAGAUUCAGAAUAAAUCUCGCCUUCUCAGAGACAAAGUAACACAAAUUGGAGAAGAACGCGAUAGAAGGUUUGAAGAAGUUCAAAAAAGCAAUCGUGACAAGAUUGAGUGGGCUGAGCAAAUCGUAGCGACAGUCAGCGACUUGAUGCAGCAAGCUGACGACUUUGAGCUUUUGGACCUUAAACCGAAGGUGAUGCACAACUUAGAGUUCCAGGAGGAACUCGAGUUUGAGCAGGCACAGCAAGAGCUCUCAUUCAUCGGGGUGAAAUGUCAAGAUGUCGUGGCAGAUACAGACCUCGGUGUUGUGCUUCAGGAAGAAAAGUGGCAGCUGAAAGAAGAGUUUGGUGAGAAGGGUGAUGACGAUGGACAAUUUCAGUUUGCUGGAGGCGUCGCGUGUCUAAGCAAUGGUGACAUAGCCGUUACCGACACAGCAAAAAAGCAGUUGAUGAUGUUUACUUCAACUGGGGAGUUUAAAACAAGUAUAGGUCUGGAUUGGUUGAAUAACCCCUGGGGGGUAGCUGCGACCUCCGAUGACCUACUCUUGGUCACUGAUGAAAAGUACGUAAAGGUGUUUGACUUUAGUCUAGGAUUCAUUCGCCAGCUCGCACCAUCACAAAAUGAGGAAGACGUUGAUACAGAUAGUUGGCUCGCUGGUAUCGCUGGAGACCAGGAAAAUCAGAUUGCAGUGGCAGACAUCGGAAGAAAGGUGAUAUCUCUCCACAAUCUGGAUGGCUCGUUGAUUACAACCAUUCCAAAUGACAUGAUUGAUACAUCUUGGGCCAUCGGGCUCAACGAACGCCUGAUCUUCGCAAACUUCUUUGAGAGCAAGUUGAUUUGUACUACCUAUACAGGAGAUAAGGUGUUCAAUGUCAACAUUUCACUUGACGGGGAACGUGUACGACCCUUGGGCCUGUGCUACGAUGAUGCUGGGGACAUCUAUGUUUCCGUUUGUCUUCAAGAUAAAGGCGGUGAGGUGCACCAUUAUUCACCCGCGGGAGUCUUCAUUGGGCGGGUGGUUGGCGGACUUGUCUGUCCCCGCGGUCUGACUUUCGCGCCAAGCGGAGACCUCGUGGUGGUUGAUGUGUUCUCUGUCAACAUCCUUCAGCGGGUGUGAGCGAGUGAAGCUCUCUUGUGAUUAAUCAAUCUCCUGCCGAAACAGAACAGCAUAUAAAGCUAAUACCGGAUUGACGCAUUCAGGCCGUGUGCUAUUAACGCUGCCAAUGUUUGACCAUACAGCAUCUUUUUCCUCUCUUAACAUGAGAAGGUUUCUGACAUGGGGACACAUGAGACAAUCGCUGUGUUUGGUUGCGGAUUCCGUAAUACCGCAGUAAUACCCCAAAUGUCCUAAGAAAAACAAUCAUAGACGACUGUUUUGCUGUUUGCUAUGCU